ACUUGCUGCCGGCCGGCGUGGCGCCUCUCUUAGCACUUCUAGCUUCCUGGCACCUCUCGGACGCCUCCCACUCCUCACGGCCAUGACACUGCAUGCACUUCUAUACUAGCGACGACUCAACUGUGCUCGCGUGGAGAGGCCUCGUCCAUACUAUCUCCACCAGUAUGCCGCCGAAAAUCAUUCAGGCAUACGGCUCAAAUGUCGGGAUACGUGGAGCUGGAGAUCAUCAGGGGAGGGAGCGACGACUCGGCAAAACUUGUUUGGCCCUCUUUGGCUGGCCCCGACGCACCACUACGCACCACCGUUGUCUCCGCAGAGGAGAGCCCAUGACAAUCUCUUCUCAACCUCGGCCACGAAACUCAUGUCAACCAGUCCCCCUCCUUGGACCUCCUCCACUCCUCCUCGGCCACGAAACUCACGACACCAGGUGCUGUGGUCGUUCUGCCGAUGUGUGCAAAGCGACAGCCAUAAUGACUGGAAAACGAGAGUGGAGGCGAACGUCUGCUGGGAUUAUGCUGUCGACUGUCAGUGAGGUCCAGACAUUCUAUACACCCUUCAUACUUCAAAGCUUCAAACUCAAGCUUCACACCCUGUGUGACGUGGUCGCUUGGACGCGACGCAGCUAUCUGAUACGUUGUGCUUCCCAACCGCUCCACUUCUAUCUGGCGUCAGUCGGAAUGUCGCUCCCCUCUUGCCACACUUGAGCUCGACUGCAAGUUAUACUUCCGUUCGUCAUGUCAUUAUGACCACGCAUCCUUUCCUGAUGUCGAUCUCCUUAUCUGCUGAACCUUCUUCAGCUUAUUCUACAAGGUCGGUCGCCUUGUACUGAGCGGGCUAUACAACAUCCUCGGGAUCGAGCCAGCCGAUGGGCCUGAUCUUACAAUUCCGACGGUUCACGAUGAGAAAUGCCUGCUUUGCAUCACGGCUGACCGAUACAAUACAGCUGGUCAUGUACUACGA